AGAGCAGGAGUAACUGGACUCCAGGUGGCCGGUCGCAGUCCCGGAGCCCGAGGGGCUGGCGUCUGCGCCGGGCCCAAAGUCUAGGGAGAGAUCCUGACCGGGACGCGCGCACCAUGCCCUACCUGCUCAUUAGCACCCAGAUCCGCAUGGAGGUGGGCCCCACCAUGGUGGGCGAUGAGCACUCCGAUCCAGAGCUGAUGCGGCAUCUGGGGGCCUCAAAAAGAAGUGUCCUGGGAAACAAUUUUUGUGAGUACUACGUCAAUGACCCUCCUCGAAUAGUCCUUGACAAGCUGGAGCGCAGGGGCUUCCGUGUGCUGAGCAUGACAGGGGUGGGCCAGACGUUGGUGUGGUGCCUGCACAAGGAGUGACCCACCCACACUGAGGAGCUGCAGUCACCCCUUCUCUGGAGUGGUUGCCAUGGGCCCCGACCUCAGGACCCUGCCUCACUCACCGCCCUGCCCAUUCUUCCCAAGUCGUCAUUUUCCUCGGCCCAGCACCACUGGGCAAUGAAUGGCCUUCUCUGAAACCUGCCUCAGCCAGUGGGGGGGCAGGGCCCCUGGCCCUGGUGCCCCCAGCUGCCCCUCCAGCUUCAGGCCUGGCACAGGCCCUGGAGGAGGCCGUGUUCUGUGGCAGGCUGAGGAGCUGGCAAGAGCCAGGCUGCCCCUGGCAGGGAGCUGGGUGCCCCCGCGGAGCAUGGCUCCCAGGACUGGGCGUGUGGGUCCUGCGUAGCUAGUCCAAGCCAGUAAAGGGCUGUGAUGAGUGGCUGCU